UGUUGAAUAUUCCACAUGGAACCCCAUAUUUUGUUGGUGAACUAAGCAGGGAAGAAGCCGAAGAAUUCUUCGAAAAAAUUUUCAGUAACACGGUCAGAACGAUUUCGAUUGACAGCUGGUCUUUGCCUGAAACCAUGAAAGUUAUUGUGGCGAAUCAAGAAUAUAUCCUUGAGGAUGAUUUUGCUGAAAAAAUUUGUCAUGAUAAAGUUUACUCGCUUAUUGAAUAUAAUUUUUUACACCUUCGACCAACAUCUGCUUUCUGCUAUGACAUUAUUAACCCACCAAACGAAGCAAUUCUGACUCCAAUGAACCAGAAAUCAGUGAAUGCAAUGGAAGGUCUCUUUAAAAAAUAUGUAACUCGAGGUUUAGCUUGA